CCCCUUCUCCCUUCGCUCUCUCUUCCAACCCAAUCACCCGCCCCAAAAACAAGAAAAAAGAAGAAGAAGAAGAAGAAGAAGAAAAUGCUGAGAUAUUCUCUAUCAAGAGCUGUCCAAAAGCAACACCUUCUUCCCUUAAAUCUCCAGAGAUGGAUACACAGCAGAAAUAAGAAAGCCAUGGAAUUAAUAGCAAAGGGUUGGAAUGCAUUACAGGAAGUCGAUAGAGUGAUUGAUUACACAGAACCCACCGACCCUCGUCUCUUCCCUCUUCUCAGAACUGCAAAGGAGAACUUUGAACUGGCUUUGGAGGCUGACAAUUCAAACACUCAUGCAAGGUAUUGGCUGUCCAGGUUACAUUUCAAAUAUCAUGUACCUGGGGCCUGUAAAGCCAUUGGAGCUGCUUUGCUAGUGGAAGCUGCAAACAUGGGUGACCCUGAUGCACAAUAUGAACUUGGUUGUCGUCUACGAGUCGAGAAUGAAAAUGUUCAGUCAGACCAACAAGCUUUCUAUUAUUUGGAGAAGGCUGUUGACCAGUUGCAUCCAGGUGCUUUAUAUCUUCUAGGUGCUGUAUAUUUGACUGGAGACUGUGUGAAGAGAGAUAUCGAAUCAGCCAUGUGGUGUUUCCAUAGAGCAUCAGAGAAGGGACAUGCUGGUGCAGCUAUUGCUUAUGGUUCACUUAUUCUGAAAGGUGCCAAAGUCCCCGAAGCUAUUACCAAAUUCAGUUCAAAGAGGUUGUCUGGCAGAGUGGUGGGAAAGAAAGCGAACAGCCCUGUGGGAGACCCAAUAGAGAAGGCAAGAGAACAUUUCCAAAUUGCUGCAAAUGCCGGAUGUGAUCUCGGUUUCCAAUGGUUAAAAAGGCUUGCGGAUAAUGAGAAGAAGCUACUAACAACCCAAUGAAGAAUCAAGAGUCCCCCAUGUAAUAUUUGCCAUGUGCAUUUUCUUAGUUUUAUUAUUAGGGUAUGACUUCAAUAAUGACAGUGAGCAUUGAGGGUUGGUGCUCACACAUAUCCUACCAUUUGGGGGAUGCAUGUUAAGAUUCCCUCCUGCCAUUUUCAGGUUGAGGGAGAUGUUUGCACUGACUCUUCGUUCACACAACACAAAUGAGUCGUGACCUUUUCCCUUGUUAUGUUAUGAGAGUUGUGGGUAGAGAGACCUGUAUGCCAUGAGGCUACCAUUCUCAACCUAGGCAGAGAAGUAUUGGGAGUAGUUUGCUUUGAUA